AUGCACCAAGGCUACUAUUUUGAGAAGUAUAGUAAAGGAUAUUUUUAUUUCAAUCCUACUGAUCAUAUUCGUUUAGCUACUACUACGACAACAACUACAACAACUACAACAACUACAACAACUAUAACAACCACAACAACCACAACAACUACAACAACUACAACAACCACAACAACCACAACAACCACAACAACUACAACAACUACAACAACUACAACAACCACAACAACCACAACAACCACAAUAACCACAACAACCACAACAACUACAACAACUACAACAGCCACAACAACCACAACAACCACAACAACUACAACAACUACAACAACCACAACAACUACGACAACUACAACAACCACAACAACUACAACAACUACAACAACCACAACAACUGCAACAACCGCAACAACUACAACAACUUCCAUUGAAACACUACCAUGUACAACGUUUACCUUGAUCCAUCAAUCAAUAUCGAACGACUGCUUAAAAUUAUUUUUGAAUAUCCGAAUAAAACCUUUGUCCGGACUGUGCAUGCAUUAUAUCAUCAUUACUUGAAACAUACGCUGUAAUGUUCUAGUUACAGUUAUAAAUGUAGUUAAAUCGAUGUUUAGUUGAAAUUACCCAAAUAUUUUUAAAUCAUCACUCAAAAGACAUUACAAUCACAUUUUAAGGUAGGUCGGUAGAUACCUGAAUGAAUUAUUCUUUCAUUCGAUUCACGUUCUACGCAUUGUCUCGGUGUACUCUCAGCCAUU